CAGAAACGGCUCUAUUUUAGCUUAUGCUGUUAGUUAUGACUGGUCCAAAGGGUAUAAAUAUGCAUCGAAUGUAAACAAAAUCUAUCUUCAUGCCGUGAAAGAAGAUGUGAAUCCUGGCUCACUAAAAAAACGAUAACAUUAAUAUACAUUAUCAUACGAUGGUAUAUAAUAAAUUGCACUGCAUGCAAUCAUUGAUAAUAUACCUGAAACUUUUGCGAUUAUACGGAAAGUGCUGCAUCAUAGACGUUUUUUUUUUUUUGGGGGGGACUUACAACUGCCCACUUAUUAUAAGAUCAUUGUGGUUUAGAAUAAUAUUGUUGUUAAGUAUAUUUUUACAAUUGAAAAGCUGCUUUGUUUCUCCAGUAUCUCCACAUAAGUAAAUGACUGUACUUGCCAUAUUCAGCUUCGGUACCAC